AUGGUAAAGACUACGGCAAUCAGGCAGUGCAAUGAGCGCUUUGCCAAAGAGAAAAAUCCUGAACUCGUGUGUGUGUUUGCCGGCGCUACAAGCGGUAGCGGCGCCGGCGCGCUCGAGGCGAUGGUUGGUAUGCUACGGACAUCGACCUUUUAUAUCAUUGGAAGAUCGUCAGCUCAGUUUGCGAGCCAACGGAAAAAGUUAGAGAAACUAAACCCUGGCUGUAAACUUGUGUUUCUUGAAGCUCAAGUAUCAUUGCUCUCCGAUGUCGAUGCGGUGUGCAAGCAAAUCGCAGCUUCUGAAAAGAAGGUGGAUUUGUUGUUUAUGAGCCCUGGGUGUAUUCCUUUCGGGGGACCAAAGUAUACGAAAGAAGGCCUCGAGACCUGCUUCGCCAUUUCUUACUAUUCUCGAAUGCGCCUUAUACAGAAUGUUCUGCCUCUUCUGCGCCAAUCUUCGCGGCCACGAGUCCUUACCCUGCUCAAUGGCGGCAAGGAGAAACAAAUGUUUGACGAUGACAUUGGCCUAGAAACUCAAUGGUCUGCAGAUGCAGUAAUCACCCACACCACCACCAUGACGAGCUUGGCGCUCGAGCACCUAGCUAAGGACGACGAGAGGAUUACUUUCCUACAUGUGUUCCCUGGGUUAGUAAACUCGGGCAACUUCAUUAGAGUGACUGCAGAAGAAUCGGCCGGAGUGGUUUGGAGUGUGAUGCUGGCGGUAUUCUGCCGCAUGAUCACUGUGGUGCAGUUAAUUUUUGGAAUUACACCAGAGGAAUGUGGGGAGAGACAGGCUUACCACCUAACAAGUGAUCAGUUUGGACCAGGUGCAUGGCGAAUCGAUAACUCAAGCGAAGUAGUGACUGUGCCUGCAGGAGACGUCUUUGAGAAAUAUAGAGAUGGUGGAUGGCCGAAAAAGACUUGGGAGCAUACCACAGCUGUUUUCGAACGUGUGGGGGCGACUGGAAAUAACGAAGAGUAA